CUACUAAACUCAGACACAUCAAACAUUUUUCAAAGGCCUGUUCUUCACAUCUAACACCUCUUUUAUUUCAACUCUCCUCUUCUCUGUUUCAGCUUUCAACUAACCUUAGCUUCUCUAGCAGAAACUAUUCAUUUUCUGCAAGGCCUUAAGUUCAGAGGAACAGGGACAAUUUUUAAGCAUCCUAUUUCCUCUUUUUUCAUCUCGAAAAUUUCGAAAAUAUGGACAGAAUGCAAGAAACCAGCAUUCCUUGUGCACACUUCCAGGGUAAUAACAUAGGAGUUUCCCUGUCUAAUCUCAUACUAGCAAGCAACACUAACACCCUGGAUUCAAUCUUUUCUAGCUGCUCAUCGUCGACAAGCCCGGCUUUCGAGCAAUUAGGCUCUUCGGUUUAUCUGACACAGAGAGAUUUGCUCCAGAAGUUCUGUCAGGAAAACCCCUCAAAAAAUUCAGUGUCAGAACCUGAUCUCUCCAGGCCACUUGAUAUCUCUCUGUACAAGAAUAACUACCUGGCUCCGCCGAAGAAAAAGCUCUACAGAGGAGUGAGACAGAGGCACUGGGGAAAAUGGGUAGCUGAGAUUAGACUACCUCAAAACAGGAUGAGAGUUUGGUUAGGGACUUAUGAGACACCUGAAGCUGCAGCCUAUGCUUAUGAUCGUGCUGCUUAUAAGCUUCGCGGUGAAUAUGCGCGCUUGAACUUCCCAAAUCUUCGUGAUCCAAGCAAACUGGGAUUUGGAGAUAGUUCAAGACUGAAUGCCUUGAAAAAUGCUGUGGAUGCCAAAAUUACAGCAAUUUGUCAGAAAGUGAGACGAGAGAAGGCGAAAAAGAGUGGCAAGAAAAGCUGUGACAGCUCCUCUGCUGGUACAGGUAAAAUCAGUGAGAGUGAGAAAUCAAUGAAAUUUGACUCCAAUUCCUCGUCUUCGAUGAUCAAUAACAGUACUUCGAGCAAUGAAAUGGUUUCUUCAAGUGUGUCUGAAGAGGGGUUAUGGAUGGAUGUCAACUCCCCAUAUUCUGUUCUUGGCCCGUGUUCAGGCGUUCCCCAAGAAUUAGAGUUUGAAGGGUGCUCUCUGGCACAUAUGCCGUCGUUUGAUCCUGAAUUGAUCUGGGAAGUCCUUGCUAAGUAGAACGACAAUUUAGACAAUCUUGUUAGUUCUGAUGUAGUACUAGACUUGCAAGCAGCAUAUGUCAGUUAAUAGUUCCAUACUGUAUUAUCAAAGUAUGGUUUACUUUUUUAAGUGACUUGGUUAAUUAGUUGUAAAAUUGAGUCAAGUAGAAGUAUUUAUUGAAGUAGUUUAUGAGAAAGUUUUAAUCUAAUAAAUCUUGUUAAACAUUUCAGUA